CUGCAAGAUGGGCCGAUGGCUUCAGCUCGGUGGAGAGCCGGGUGUCCUUGUGUGGCGGGGAGGGCGGCCGCUUCAGUCUGCGGCAAAUAGGCGAGGAGGAAAGGAGGCCAGCGCCUUGCCAGCUUCGACUCAACAUCCCAGCCGUUUUCUAAGAGACAGCCCUAGAUUGUGUGCAAAUACUUUUGAAAAUGCUGUCAGGACUCUUCCGAAUGCAUGGCCUUUUUGUGGCCUCUCACCCAUGGGAAGUUAUUGUGGGAACUGUAACUCUUACCAUCUGUAUGAUGUCUAUGAAGAUGUUCACUGGCAAUGAUAAGAUCUGUGGCUGGAAUUAUGAAUGCCCUAAAUUUGAAGAGGAUGUUUUGAGCAGCGAUAUCAUAAUAUUGACAAUCACACGAUGUAUUGCAAUCCUUUACAUAUACUUCCAGUUUCAAAAUUUGAAGCAACUUGGCUCAAAAUAUAUUUUGGGUAUUGCUGGGCUGUUCACAAUCUUCUCGAGCUUUGUCUUCAGUACAGUGGUGAUUCAUUUCCUUGAUAAAGAAUUGACAGGCUUGAAUGAAGCACUGCCAUUCUUCUUGCUUCUGAUUGACCUCUCCAGAGCUAGUGCAUUAGCUAAAUUUGCACUAAGUUCCAACUCUCAGGAUGAAGUAAGAGAGAAUAUUUCGCGUGGAAUGGCAAUCCUGGGCCCUACAUUUACACUUGAUGCCCUUGUUGAGUGUCUUGUUAUUGGUGUUGGCACAAUGUCUGGAGUAAGACAGCUUGAAAUCAUGUGUUGUUUUGGCUGUAUGUCUGUUCUCGCCAACUAUUUUGUCUUCAUGACCUUCUUUCCGGCCUGUGUGUCACUGGUAUUAGAGCUUUCACGGGAGAGUCGUGAAGGCCAUCCAAUAUGGCAGCUUAGUCACUUUGCACGUGUUCUGGAAGAAGAAGAAAACAAACCAAAUCCUGUAACACAGAGGGUCAAAAUGAUUAUGUCUCUAGGUUUGGUUCUUGUUCAUGCUCACAGUCGCUGGAUAGCAGAACCCUCUGCUCAGAACAGCACAACGGAAAUAUCUAUGGGCCUGGAUGAAAAUACUCCAAAGCGAAUAGAGCCUAAUGUUUCUUUGUGGCAAUUUUAUCUUUCUAGAAUGGCCAGUAUGGACAUUGAACAAACAAUUACACUUGGCUUAGCUCUUCUACUUGCUGUCAAGUACAUCUUUUUUGAACAAACAGAGAUGGAAUCCACACUUUCAUUGAAGAACCCAAUAAUAUCUCCAAUAAUGAUUCAGAAAAAAGUUCCUGAAAAUUGCUGCAGAAAACAGUCUAUUCCUUUAAAAAAUAAUCCCAGUUUAAGAAAAAUGGGUGAUAGUCAAGUUGCCAAAGAUGGAAAAGAUGAGAGUGUAAAGCCUCUCCAAUCAGAAUCACCUGCGAAGGCCAUAUUUGUGGUUGGUGAUAGUUCUGCUGAAGCAUCCCUCAUCAGUAAUAGAAAAGAGUCCGGAAUAGAAUUGCCUAUAGAGAUGCGGCCACUUGAAGAAUGUCUUUGUAUACUUCAGAAUGCCAAGAUGGGUGCUAAAUUCCUCUCUGAUUCAGAAAUCAUUAGUUUAGUCAAUGCAAAGCACAUUCCUGCUUAUAAACUGGAAGCUUUGAUGGAAACUCAGGAACGUGGUGUAUCCAUUCGUAGGCAAAUGUUAUCUCAGAAGCUUCCUGAGCCUUCAUCUCUACAGUAUCUUCCUUACAAGAAUUAUAAUUAUUCUUUGGUGAUGGGUGCUUGCUGUGAAAAUGUGAUUGGAUACAUGCCAAUUCCUGUGGGUGUGGCUGGCCCACUUCUUUUGGACAAGAAAGAGUUUCAGGUUCCAAUGGCAACAACUGAAGGAUGCCUGGUGGCAAGCACAAACAGAGGAUGCAGAGCAAUAUGUCUUGGUGGAGGUGCUAGUAGCCGUAUUCUAGCAGAUGGAAUGACACGAGGACCUGUAGUAAGACUACCCACAGCGUGCCAGUCUGCAGAAGUGAAGGCUUGGCUUGAAACACCAGAAGGAUUUAAGAUAAUAAAAGAUGCAUUUGAUAGCACUAGCAGAUUUGCUCGUUUGCAACGGCUUCACAUUGCUUUGGCUGGCCGCAAUCUUUAUAUUCGCUUCCAAUCUAAGACGGGUGAUGCAAUGGGUAUGAACAUGAUUUCAAAAGGUACUGAGAAAGCACUGACAAGGCUGCAAGAAGAAUUUCCUGACCUCCACAUUGUAGCUAUUAGUGGUAACUACUGUACAGAUAAAAAACCAGCUGCCAUAAAUUGGAUAGAGGGGAGAGGGAAAUCUGUUGUCUGUGAAGCAGUUAUUCCACAAAAAGUUGUUAAAGAAAUACUGAAGUCAACCACAGAAGCUAUGAUUGAAGUUAAUGUCAACAAGAACUUGGUUGGCUCUGCCAUGGCUGGCAGCGUAGGUGGCUAUAAUGCUCAUGCAGCUAACAUUGUCACCGCCAUGUACAUAGCGUGUGGACAGGAUGCAGCCCAGAAUAUCACCAGCUCAAACUGUAUUACAUUAAUGGAAUCUACUGGGCUUACCAAUGAAGAUCUUUAUAUCAGUUGCACAAUGCCCUCAAUAGAAAUUGGUACUGUGGGUGGAGGAACCAACCUGUUACCCCAGCAAGCUUGUUUGCAGAUGCUGGGUGUGCAAGGAGCAAGUGCAGAUAACCCUGGAGAAAAUGCGCGUCAACUUGCUAAAAUUGUAUGCGCGACAGUAAUGGCAGGAGAACUGUCUCUAAUAGCUGCCUUAGCUGAAGGGCACUUGGUUAAGAGCCACAUGAUCCACAAUAGGUCAAAAAUAAAUCUGCAAGAUCUUCAAGGAACAGGUACCAAAAAAGCUGUUUGAACACUGACAGAAGCUUGAAGCAACUGUGGCACAUUGAAAAAUGAAGAGAAAUGACAGAUCUGUGAACUUCCAAAGGAAGAUAAAUAUUCAAACAGUGAAUUGUUGGAAAGAAUCUUAGGAGAAUCAUUGAGUGUGUAGUUUGCAUCCAGUUUCCUGAUUCCUUUUUCCUUUGUCUGCCAUAAAUGGAUGCUUAUCUAUGGAAAAUAUUGCAGAUGGGUUUUAUUUUUUUACAUGGACUCUAGUUUGUCUUGAGUCAUGCAUUUUACAAAAUGGGCUCCACGUAAUCUACGCAAGCUUUCUAAGAGUGCCAGACAGUUAUUUUUUGGAGUUACAAUAUUCUCAUUUGGCAUACUAAGAGGAAAUACAAGUUGCAUAACUUUUCUGUUGUUUUUUUUGACCAAUCUGUAUGGUUGCUUUGUAAUGUUCAUCAUCAUCAUGGUUUUGAGGAUAACUUGGUAUGUUGUGCAUAUAAAUCUGUACCAGCCAUCAGAGUAGAACAAGUUACUGUUCCUCCAGGGCAAGAAAAUAGCCAAGAUCAUCCCUCCACAAAGUCAGAUAACAAAGGGAAGCCUAAGAAUGGCUUUUGGCGUUUUGAUUGCAGUUACCCACAUCUGAUCUAAGAGGGCACUGAACUAAAUCAGUUGAGCCACUUUUAUGUUUAGAACUCACUUUUGGAGUGUUUCCGUUUAUGUUACUCAAUAUCACAGUUUUGAAUAUUAGUUUCCAUGUUUUUUACAGCAAACGGGCCUUGCUGCAAAGCAAGUGUACCUAGUAGAGGCCAUAUUUCCAGAUUUAAAAUCAUCACGUUACAAAUCUCAGGUGUUUAGGUCAGAUCGAUGGUCUUGCAUCAGCUGCUAGCAAGAGGCAUGGUCUCCUGGGCAUAGCCUGUAAAACUAAGUGGUAGUUGGUCAACAGCACUGACGUUGCUUGAUCAUUAUCAUUAUUGGUUAAUUUCAGUGGCUCUUCUAAGUGGGAGACUAUCCCAGGGAAUCGCACACUUGGUAACCUUUAAUUAGGAUAGUUUAAUGGAAAUGAUUUUUAGCAAGCAGGUAAAACAUGUUUACACUAGUUCUCAAUCACCAUUUUUGGUUUGACUUCCUUGCAGAAAUAAGUGUGUUGUGAAAUGAAAGUUAAUCACUGAUAUCAGUACUGAUAUUUUUAUUUAAAUAUUUCCGUUCCUGAUGAAACUUUAAUUUAUUUUUGGGCAAGUUCCAGAUUUUAUGUUUAUUUGUUUAAGAACUACUAACUCCGUGGCUUAUGAAAAUGAUGGAAGACAGGUUAUAAUGCAGCAAAGGUAGCUGUGACUCAAUGAACUGUAUUAGAGUGCUAUGAAGGAGAAACAACCAAAAGAGGAAGAGCAAGGGUACCGAUGCAUUUCUCAGCUGUUGCUGGAUGCGAUGAAGACUCUCUUUUCCACACUAGCUGCAAUGACUGAAGGGUUCGAUUCUAAAACUACUCAUUUUGUGCAAACUCAGUAUAAACUCCUUUUGGGGUUUACUAUCUAACAUCUAAUUUGUAUUAGGAUCACAAUUCUAAUGCAACUCAACAUCUAUUACUUGGCUUGGUAUGUGCCGUGGCUACUUGUAAAUAGCAUUAUGAAUGUCCAUUUCCCUACAGUAUUGUCCAGUUAACUUUUUUUCUUAUUUAUGCGAAGUUUGAACUUACUGUUUUAUUACUGGACUAGCAAUAAAUGGUUUAUUCAGUGUCAGUUUUGGUGGAUGUAACUGAUACUUUGUCCUUCAAAAAGAAAACAUUUUGUACUAUUAUAAAAUUGUGUAUAUUUGGUACACAUCUUUUUCAGUUUCAGUAAAACAGUGCAAAAGCA